CACAGUAAAAUCAAAAGUUCAAAACCUCUCCUUCUCUUAACUCUUUCUUAAUCCCGUUGCACCUUUUUAUUAGAGAGAGAGAGAGAAUGCGAUAUGGUAUCGUCAGGCGGGGCGAAGAAGCUAUCUGGGAUGCAGAAGCAGGUGCUGAGUCUCUACAGAGGGUUUCUCAGAGCCGCUCGUUCUAAGGCCCCCGAGGAGCGCCACCGUAUCGAAUCAAUCGUGUCGGCCGAAUUCCGCCGCAACUCGGAAGCUGUCGAUCGCAAGAACUUCGUCUACAUCGAGUAUCUCCUUCGCCGCGGCAAGAAACAGCUCGAUCAGAUCAACAGCCCUGAUAUUGUAGGCUUAUCCUCCCUCAAGGUUGCCUCCGCCUCCGGCACUAAACCCUAACCCCGAUACCAAUUGCUUUUUCAUGUUGUGUUCUUUUCUUUCUUUUUUUUUUUUCGGCUUCUUCGAAUUCGACUGGUUUUCAUCUCGCACCCUUUGAAUCGAUCCAUCGGUGCAAGAAAAGUGAAAUUACAAACACUUUGUAUUCGAGAAGGAACUAAAUUUCGUUCAUUAGUCUCUUCGCAAAUCUCAAUUGUUCUUUUGUGCUUCUUCUCCU